GUUAGGUCCAGUAGUAUUAUUCUCCCUGAAAGUCAAAGCUGAUUGCUCUGGCGGCAAGUUGAAGGUCUUAACCGAUAUCGUAAUAGCUGGCCUUCUAAAAAUAUCUAUUAAAGCAGAAUUCAGACCCUGUGGAGUGGAAGUUAGGAGCGCUACCUGCAAUUCUCCGUUUGAAGGGAAAUUUAUGCUGUCACUGCAGGCUGGAGGACCCUCUGGAGUUACGAUCGAGCAAGUUUUUAAGGAUGGACUUCAGCAAGGUGCGUUUGGCGAUGAUAUAAGAGCAGAUAACACAGUCUACACUCUCGAGUUUCAAGGAGUUGAUAUAAAAAAAACGCCCAAACCUGGAGAGUGCGAAAGAGUCUGCUGUGAUGGAGCAGGCGGGGAAAUGCUUGUAAAUGUAACAUGCACUCCUGCAGACAAAUGUACGGGUAUUGACCUUUCAGACAGGAAAGAUGACGGAUAUUGUCUAGGGGA